AUGUCCAGGCAUGGAUUUGUAAUGAGAAAAGACCAAGUUGAAAACACAGAACAUGCAUUCAAUGUUGAAAAUGCACCUGAAAUCGCAUUCAAACUUGAUGAAAAUAAAGUUAAAACUGUUAUAUCUCAGCGUAAUUUUGAAGAAACUAAACAAUAUGAACAUGAAUUUGAUGUUGUGUGCAAUAGAAGCCUUGUAACUUAUAACGAUAUUUCCACUAUUUUUCCUUGGCUUUCUGAUUUACUCAAAAUACCGAAAAAAUCUCUCAAAAAUUCUACAAUUAAUUUUAAGAAGGUAGAGAAGGCUGAAAUUUUCAUUUCAAAAAAAUAUAUCAUUUUGAAUAAGAAUUUUAAAGAGGGUAUUGAAAAUAUACUGGAUUCACAUGGAAGUGCUUAUGAUAAAAUAAAAAAUCUUCGAAAAAUAGUAGACAAAUAUGAUUAUUUUUAUGCGCGCCAUAUUGUUUUUGGAGGUGCUAUAGUAACUGAAAAUUCAAAAAGCAAGAUCAUAGAGUAUAAUGACAUUCAUCCAAUAUUUGACUUACUGGAUGAUGAAUUGAAAAUAAAAGUUUUAGACGUGCUAGGCCAUCGAAUUUUAAAAGCUGGUGUCAAAGAAAUAGAUCCAAAUUAUGACUUUUCAAAGAACAUCCCAUAUGUUUAUCCACUAGCUAAUGAGAUUGCAGAAUUAGAUAAAAUAACAGAUAUUCAUAACUGCCGUAUCUUUGCUUCAAUAAGAACAGAAGAUGAAGAUGGUGAUAUUUUUUCAUUGCGAGUAGAUUAUAUAAAUAUUCACACUCCGCAAGUUGUAGUUCACCUUAUUACAAGGUCUAAAAACAAAAAACAUCGAGCGAAAAUAAAUUGGAUCAUUAUUGGACAACCUAACUAUUUUGAUUUCAACCAAACUGCUUCUCUCAGAAGUAGCGAACACUUUGCUUAUAAAAUAGGUAAAAAAUUUAAGGUGGAUAUUCCGAAAUAUGAUGCAACUUUAAGUUCAGAAGAGUCUUGCAUAUUAUAUGAAAGUAAGGAUGUUGAAGAUGUUGCUCUUUCAAAGGCUAAAAUUGUUUAUGUGGUAAAUAAUUUGAAUUUCCAAUACGUUAAUCUUUUUGUAUUGUUAAAUAACUGUAUUAUAUUUAUUAAUAGUUUUGUCGAUAUAAGUGAAUCUAAUAAAAAAUAUCCAGCUGGACAAAUUGAUAUUAACUGGAAAGAGAGUGAAAUUCAUCCGCAUAUACUAUAUAGCACUAAUGAUAUAUACAAGAAAAAAGAAGCAUUGGUUUUGGUAAAUCAACUUUUCGAAGAUUGUGAAAAUCAUGGAUUUAUAAAUAUCAGCUCCGAAAAAAAUUUUUAUAGGAUACCAAAUAAACCACUUAUUCAUUCUGAAAAAAUUGCAUAUUUUGUUAUGCCUGAAUAA